AUGACUAUCAAAGUAAAGAUGGAUGAGAAUAACAUUAUGAUUGACACAUGUGACCAUCAAAAUAAUGUUGCAGAGCAGAGUCAUGCUUGCAACUCACAGGACUGCUCAUCAACUCCUUCUACUUCCACCUCUUCGCCUUUUCCUUCACCCGCUGCUAUCAAUCAACAACCAUUCUUACAUGUUCAUAGCAGUUUGGGAAACCAUUCUUCUUUCAUGCCAGAAAUGGAGAUGAUGAAAGAGAGAUUUGCGAAGCUGCUGCUUGGCAAAGACAUGUCUGGCUCUGGUAAAGGUGUUAGCACGGCGUUGGCUAUUUCAAAUGCUAUUACGAAUUUAUGUGCCACAUUAUUUGGGCAACUAUGGAGAUUGGAACCUGUGCCGCCUGAAAAGAAAGCAAUGUGGAGAAGAGAGAUGGAAUGGCUUCUCUGUGUUGGUGAUCACAUCGUUGAAUUAAUUCCCACUUGGCAAACAUUUCCCAACGGAAGCAAGCUAGAGGUCUACACUCCGAGGAUUGCGCCUUAUGCGAGGAAUUUGAUGUGGUUCGUGAGCAAUGGGCUAAGUUUUUUACCAACAAGUAUUUAUUAUUGGCUUUAGCGCGCUUGAUCGAGUUGGUUUAGUUGUUAUAGAAUAAAUUUUAUAUUAAAAUGUAUGUUUAUGUUGAAAUUGGAACAUAUAUUCAAAUGUAAUAUGUGCACUUU